GUUCUCUGCCAGUUUCUUCUCUGCUGCUCCGUCAACAAGCCCACAAGCCCAUAAGCCCGCCAUGGAUUUCGCCUCAUCUUUCUCAUUUGCCACCUCAACUACCUUACAUAGUAGAGCCAAGUUCGCCUGAACGUCACUUCAUCAUCUCAUCCGUACCUACCUAAGCUAGUUGUGCUAUGCUUGUGGUAGGUCACAUCUACGGAGACAUCUACGAACUACGGAGAUCGGAUUCGGGUACUCCCAUAAGCAGUUGCGCGCACGUUACCAUCGUCGCUUAGCUCAAAAUCUCUCUCGUCAUUAAUCAACAACCAUGGCUACUCAAAGUCAACCUCCAAAUAGCGAGCGGACACCCUUACUUCGCGAUGCACCUAAUGGCCGUACCGACGAGAACCGGCUAGAUUCGGCUACAGAAAACCUCAACAUUAACAGCGAGGUCAAAACCUUGAGACAUCGCCGUUGGAUAUCGUUGGUCGUCAGCGCUUUGCUCAUCGUCGCUUUCAUCCUUAUCUUAAUUUUCUCUGGUAUCUUCUCACAUGUUGGUCAGGCGCCUGAUAAGACUCCAUCGUUGUGUUUGUCACCGGCCUGCAUACAUGCAUCGUCCGAAAUUCUCCGUAAUCUAUCCCCGGAAUAUAAGAAAAUUGAUCCAUGUACAGACUUCGAUACUCUCGUCUGUGAUGGAUUCAUCAAUCGUCAUGAUAUUCCGCAGGAUAAAUCUAGUUAUUCGACAGCGACUAUAAUGUUAGAAAAUGGCCAAACCACUCUCAGGCAUAUUCUAGAGUCCCCUUACCCGACUAUUUCAAAGCAUUCUUCAUUUUCCCCUCAAAAUCUCAUCGAGAUUGCUGCCUCUACCGACGAAGAGAAUUUCCGUAUGGUACAAGAUGCUUAUAACUCAUGCCUAGAUGAAGCAACCCUUCAAGAAAUAGGUGUUGAGCCGUUGGUUAGGUUGAUAAACCAAGUUGCUGCAUCUUUCCCUGUCGAUGGUGCUUCCGGAAGUGACGCUUCACUUGGAGAAGCUGACUAUGCUGCUCUUAGCAAUACCAUUCUGCUUCUCGAGAGAAUUGGGGUUCCUUCCUUCAUAGGCAUUACUGCUGGCGCUGAUGAUAAGAACCCUGAUGUGGUCAUUAUUCAGGGAUACCCAGCUGGACUUACCUUACCUUCGCCAGAGUACUAUCAUGAUAAAGACACAGUGAGCACGUACGAAACGAUGCUAGGAGAAGUCUUCGCUAGUCUCCUUCCGACAAACUCGUCGAGAUCCUCAGCCAAGCAGCUUGCACAAUCUGUUAUUGACUUUGAGAAGAAGAUUGCAGCGGCAACACCGUCUCCCGAGGAUCAAUCCGACGUCACCAAAUACUACACUAUCGUCAAUAUUGAUGAUGUUGGCAAAAUUGCUCCAGCCAUCGGAUUGGACUCUAUCGUCAAAUCUUUAGCUCCGCAUAAUUACACGACAAACAGCAUGCUAUUAGCUUUCCCGGAAUUCCUAGGCAAAGUCUCUGACAUUCUCUCUAAGACUUCCAAGUCAACUGUGCAAAGCUAUUUGAUUUGGCAAUUAAUAAACCAAUAUUCUUCUUACGUCGAAGGUCCAGAAGUCCAACCAAUUCUUCGCUUUUCUAACACUCUAUUUGGAAGGAACCCCGAUACGAAGACUGAGCGAUGGAAGACGUGUGUUAGUUAUGUUGAUUCUACUGUGGGCUGGAUUUUGAGUCGAUUUUAUAUCGAGGCGACAUUCUCGGAUGAGGCGAAGCAGUUCGGCGACCAGAUCAUUCUUGACAUCAAGAAGCAGUUUAUUUCGAAGUUGAAUGAUCUUAGCUGGAUGGAUGACUCAGUUAAGAAGUUGGCCGUGAACAAGGUAAACAAUAUCGACCAGAAAAUCGGUUUCCCAACUACCUCUCCGAAUAUAACGAAUCCAAAGAUGCUACAAGCUUACUACAACGGAUUAAAUAUUUCCACAUCUUUCUUCAACAAUACUCUAUCGAGCAACACUUUGGAAAUUAACAGGACCUGGUCAACCCUUGGGAAACCAGUUGACCAUGGCGAGUGGGGCAUGCAAGCUGAUAUUGUCAACGCCUAUUACAAUCCGGUAGGGAACGAAAUCGUCUUCCCGGCCGGCAUCAUGCAAUUCCCCGUCUUCCAGCUGGAGCUUCCAAGCUACGUGUCUUACGGCGCUUUCGCGUCGGUCGCCGGCCACGAGCUCUCGCACGCGUUCGACAACUCAGGCCGACACUACGAUGAGCACGGGAACUUCACGGACUGGUGGACGGACCACACGGUGCGGGAGUUCGAGACGCGCGCCGACUGCUUCGUGGAGCAGUACGCCAACUUCACCGUCGAGGGCAGCAACGGCGAGUCCCUACACGUCAACGGCCGGCUCACGCUGGGGGAGAACAUCGCGGACGCGGGCGGCGUGUCGGCGGCGUUCGCGGCGUGGAAGAGCCGCACGGAGGAAUCGUCCGACCAGGACCUCCCCGGGCUCGACUUCUUCACGCACGACCAGCUCUUCUUCGUCUUCUACGCCAACUGGUGGUGCGGCAUGAACCGCCGGGAAGAGGCCCUCCGCCGCAUCUACACCGACCCGCACUCGCCCGCCUUCGCCCGCAUCCUGGGCACCACGGCGAACUCCAAGGCUUUCAGGGAGAGCUUCAAGUGCCCGAUUAAGGAGCCGAUGUGCGAGCUGUGGUAAUGAUGGUGAUGAUGUUGGCGAUGAUAUCUUUCCCGUUUUAUUUGGGACGUGUGUAAACGUGUAAACGCGUGAAGCUAUGGUAUUUAGUGUGACGGGGUUUGCGGUACUGGUGAUAACUUGGUAACAAAUAAUGUGUGUUGAUUAGGUUGGGUUGGGUCCGGGUUGGUUGGUUGGUUGGUUUACGCAGAAAUUGGUAUAUCUUGUCUUCGAUAAAUUGUCCUAGGGAAAUCAAUGCUCUUGCAAUGAAAUGAGUUUUCGCCGCAAUUACGGCUUUGUGACAAGUCCUAAACUUCGAAUUACCACUGACCGGGGGGCAGUCGGGGCGAAGUAGGUCAUGCCAUAACGAACUUCAAUAUAACUACCUAACUCUAAUGCCAAGUCACGAAUAGAAUAAUCCCAUUGGGAGAUUCUGUCGAAGCAAUUUAUUUGAUGAGAUGGGCAAUGCAAAUG